AUGUCAAUAGAAACUCCACAAACAAAAAUUAAGAACAUUGCCGAGAGAAGGAAUUUUACUCCAAACCAUACUGCAACAGACUAUGAAACUGUCGCUUUUAAUACAGGGAUACCGCUUAUUAUUGAUAACGGAUCAUAUCAAUGUCGUGUAGGGUGGGCGAACGAAGAUUCUCCAAGAUUACAAUUCGAUAGCAUGGUAUCAAAAUAUAGGGAUCGAAAAAUCAAUCAAAGUAUCUUGUUGGUGGGCAAUGACAUUUAUACGGAUGCUACAGCGAAAUCAAAUGCGAAGACGGCAUUUGACGGAAAUGUGGUAUAUAACUUUGAAACCAUGGAAUAUAUUUUGGAUUAUGUCUUUUACAAACUUGGCAUCAAUACUGACAAGGUAUAUCAUCCGAUAUUGAUGACCGAACCUGUUUGUAAUCCAAAUCAUUCAAGAAAACUGAUGUCGGAAUUGCUGUUUGAGUGUUACGGAGUUCCGUCUGUGUGCUAUGGCAUAGACGCACUUUUUAGUUUUCAUGCAAAUAACCUUUCGUUUGACGAAGGCGGAAUCGUCCUUUCUUCGGGUCAUACCACAACUCACGUUAUACCUGUGUUCGGAGGUCGUGGCAGAUUAGAACAUACUAAAAGGAUAUCAUAUGGUGGAUUAACGGCUACUGAUUACAUGCUUAAAUUGAUGCAACUGAAGUAUCCCACGUUCCCAACCAAAAUGACCAUCAAUCAAGCGCAAAAUUAUAUUAAAAUAGCUCUAACGAAAGAUUUGGCUCUUAUGUUUGAUUAUUUUAAAGAAUUAAAAGAAUACUCCAAUCCAGUCACUUUUGCUGAUAAAGACCGUAUAAUUCAAUUCCCCUAUGUACCACCGGCUAAUGAGAAGACGGAAGAAGAAUUGGCUAGACAAGAGGAGAGAAGGCAAGAACAGGCGCGUCGUCUAAAGGAACAAGCAGCUAAAAUACGUAUGCAAAAGUUGAAAGAUCUCGAAAACAAUUUGGAAUCUUACGUUCAACUUAGAGAAAGCAGAUUAUCAAUGAGGAGGUCGGAAUGGAUGGCAAAAUUAAAGGAUAAUAGAGUAGGCGAUGAAGCAGAGUUAGAAGAGAUUAUUCAAAAAACCGAAAAAUCCGUCCAACGUGCAAGAAACAAAUUGUUGGGUAUCGAUGAAGUAGAAAUCAAGGAAGAACCAACUUUUCCACUAGUGGAUAUCCCAGAUGAUCAAUUGAAUGAUGCAGAGAAAAAAGAGAAAAAGAAACAAAUCGCAGCCAGAAGCCUUUACGAAACGCGUCAAAGGCAAAAGGAAGCUAAAGAAUUGGCCAAGCGCCAACAAGAAGAGGAAGAGCGCGCAGAGGAACAGAGACGAAUAAAUGAUUUUGAAGGAUGGUUAAAUGAACUAAAGAGUAGUUAUGAGGGCCAAUUAGACAAAGUAAAAAGCUUGAAAAGGAAAAAAGAACAACUCUUGGAUCGUAGGAGUCACGCCUCACAACUGCGAAUGAAAUCAAUAGCUAACUUGGCAAGUGAUGCACCACAGCAAAAAAGGCGAAGACGAGGACAAGAUGAGGACACUUUUGGAAUGGAUGAUAAUGAUUGGUCUAUUUACAAGGAAAUUAGCAAAGAGGAAGAUGCGUGGGAAGAAGAGGAGGAAUUAACGCAAUUAAGAGAGUAUGAAGGCAAACUCCUUCAAUACGAUCCCGCGUUUUUACCGGAGCAUACAUUUGAUGCAAAAAAUUCACAGCAAAAUUCCCUCGUUUAUAUGUUGACACGAGGAAUUUCUCCUCCAUAUGACCCAGAAAAUUUUGGACAAAUGCAUCAGUUACAUGUUAAUAUAGAGAGAAUAAGAGUACCCGAGGCAUUGUUUCAACCUAGUAUAGUUGGAUUAGAUCAGGCCGGUGUGGUUGAAACUAUUGGAGACAUUGUUAACAGGUUUGACCCUGACGACCGCCGACAGAUGGUUAAGUCUGUAUUCGUUACAGGUGGCCAUACGCAAACACCAGGACUUUUACCUCGAUUAGAGGUUUCACUUAAAUCUAUAUUGCCUUCAGACGCAUCUUUAAAAAUAGUUCAUGCUAAAGAUCCAGUACUUGAUGCAUGGCGCGGUGCCGCAUUGUGGGCUAAUACAGAGGAUUUUUAUAAAUAUGCAGUAACCCGUCAAGAAUAUCAAGAAUGUGGUGGAGAUUAUCUAAAAGAGCAUAGAUUUG